ACUGCACAGAAGCGGCAUGGAUCUGCAGUUCUGCUGGGUGCCUGCACAUGAGGGGGUGAAAGGGAACGAGUGUGCUGAUAGAUUAGCAAAAAGUGCACUACAAAAGCAAAUAACAUUACCAGUUCAACUUGGUAAAGGAGAAGGAAAAGCAGUUAUUAAGAAGAAAGGGAUGGAGAUCUGGCAGAAAAGGUGGGAGAAAGACCAGAAAGGCAAGGACUAUCACAAAGUACAAAAUACAAUUACAAUUAAUAUUCAUAAAGAAAGAAACAGAAGGGAGGAAAUCAUGAAGGCCAGACUCAGAAUAAAUCACACGGCUUUGAAUAGUACGCUGUAUAUCAUGGGGAAAAGUGACAGUAACAAGUGUGGGAACUGUGCAGUAAAAGAAGAUGUAGAACAUAUAUUGUUAAAUUGCGACAUCUAUAAAGCGGAAAGAGAACAAUUAAAGGCUAAAGUCUUAGAGGCAGAGAGGGAGUGGAGUGUGGUUGGUGUUUUGGGAACAAAAGGAGAGGGAGUAAAAGCUACCAGAAAGGCACUGUUUAAAUUCUUGAGUGAAACUGGUGUAGGAAAAAGAAUUUAACAUUAGGUCAGGAAAGAACAUAGAUUUGUUUUUUGUUUUAUUUAUUUAAUGGUUUUAUUGAUUUAUUUAUUUAUUUAUUUUGAUUAGAACAUAGGUUAAAGAAUUGGAAUGAUGUGAUGAUUCAUACUCAUGUACAGUAGGUGGCGGUAUGCACCUUUUAAGUUGUUUGCAAUCUGCCAAAAGCAAGAGAAGAAGAAGAAGAAGACUCCAUGCAAAAAACCGCUGGCGCUAGCUUAGGACUGAGAGUUAGCAGGAAAACCUUCGUCCAACAUGAAGAUUUGCGUGUUUUUAAUGAAAUUAUGACACAAAUAUAAUUUUUUUUUAACGGUGUUAUAUCUGUCAGACUGUUUUCUGGCUCCGGUGAUUUUGUCACUUGCUGUUUGAGAGCCUUUUACAAACUACGUUAACUAGUUAGCCCGAACAACCAAAGCUAAGUGGCUAGCUACAUCAGUUUGCAUAAUCUUUUAUGUAUUGUUUUAGUAAUGGAUGAAGAUUUUAUGCUAGCUCUUCGGCUCCAGGAGCAGUUUGACAAUGAAUACAAGAUACCACCAUAUUCAUCCAGUGCCUCUGAUGAUGAAGGCUUCGGACAGAGCAUUAAGAAGCGGAAAGUGGAGGUAUCUGAUUCUGGAGGCGAUGUUGUUCCCUACUGGAAGCCGAAAGUGCAGCCCGACAGGCCGCUGUCCAUCGUGGACUCCUCCUGGGAGACGCUGGACCCCAGCCCCGAUGUCAGAGCCAUGUUUCUGGAGUUCAAUGACACUUUCUUCUGGGGGAAACUUAGCGGUGUGGAGGUGAAGUGGAGCCCAAGGAUGACACUGUGUGCUGGUGUGUGUUCUUAUGAGGGCCGAGGGGGUCUGUGUUCAAUCCGACUGAGUGCGCCUCUGCUGAAGCUCAGACCGAGAAAAGACCUGGUGCAGACUCUCCUUCAUGAAAUGAUCCACGCGCUGCUGUUUGUGACCCAGAACAACCGAGACAGAGACGGUCACGGCCCUGAGUUCUGCAAACACAUGAACCGGAUCAACGAUGCCACCGGGACACAGAUUUCUGUCUACCACAGUUUCCACGAUGAGGUGGACGUGUACCGGCAGCACUGGUGGAAAUGCAACGGGCCCUGUCAGAACCGCAAGCCCUACUUUGGUUUCGUAAAGAGGGCCAUGAACCGGGCUCCUUCUCCUCAGGAUCCGUGGUGGGAAGACCACAGGAGGACGUGUGGAGGGACCUACACCAAGGUCAAAGAGCCAGAAGGAUACGGCAAAAAAGGCAAGAAGGACGACAAGAAGGAGGGCAAAACAGACGAGAAGGCCUCAGAGAAGAAGGCCUCUGGAAAUGAAAAGCCUCCGAGCACAACUACAGUUUCCGUAUCACAGGACAUAAGGAACCUCAUCCCAUUCAGUGGCAAAGGCUUCCAGCUCGGAGGGAAUCCCCAACCCUCCCCAGCGGUGCCUCCCUCUCCAAAGAAGCUCUUCCCGCCAUCCUCUCCGGCUAAAAGUCUUGUCCCCUCCAUCGGACCAGCUUCCUCCAUGGUGCAGAAGCCACUUAAGAAGAAGUCUGUCGGCAACACCAGAGCUUUUGUCAACAUCAACGGCUCUCCAGUGAGAAUCUCCAGACCCCACAGCGGCAGCAACCGUAGCCAAGACGCAGAUAAAAGCACGCAGAGGUCCAUAGAAGGCCUCUUUACCAGCACGAGCCUCAGGAGGUCAGCGGGUCAACCCUCUAACCCAGAAACGAAAAGAGAUCCUCCCAAUGCUGCUUUCUCUGCGUCUGGCGUCAUUCCUAAACAGCUACAUAACAACCUCACAUCUACGGCUAGUCCGAGUGAACCCAGCCGUUCUGUGGUGUCAACAGGAACCAAAGGCAGCCCUGGUAAACCAUCGCAGUCCAAGUAUUUCAGUCAAACUAACAGUGACGGUAAAUCAGGAGCUUCCGGUUCUGCUCCGGCAUCGAGGAAGAGGCCGUGGGACGAGCGCGGGAACUCCCCCAGCAUCUAUGACUUUUUCCAGAAGGCAUUAGGCAGCGAUUCAGCGGCGCCUAGGGAGCUGGGGAAGACACAAGCACCCGCAAUGCAGCAGAGAACUGCCACUGCCACCUCCUCUGCAUCCUCCUCUACUUCCUCGCUCCCUGGGAUGCUCACUUUGACCCCCCCCUCCUCCUCUUCCUCCUCUUCCUCCUCCGUGCUGACGGUCAGCUGUCCCGUGUGCCAAACGCAGAUGCCGGAGUCAGCCAUCAACCAGCAUCUUGAUUCCUGCCUCUCCUGAGGAGUAAGGAGGGGCACAUUGAGCAGCUUUCAGACUGGCUAUUUAUUUCUGCACCUCUUUGCAUUUACGCUGCAGGGGUCAGGCAGUGCACGGUGACUGUGAUUCAGUGUUCUUGAUUACACAGAUCCACUGUAGAUACACAGAGGAUGUUUUGUUGACAUGUUUGUGUUUUAAUGUUU